AGAAAUUUGAAGAUUACAUUUACAUCAAUAAACUUUAUUUAAAAUUAAUUGGCCUCUGGCCAACUCAGGAAAAUGAUGGACCUUGGAAAAUUUAUAUUCAUAAAUUUCAUUUAUUUAUAUUCACUGUUUUCUUAUGGAUUUUACUUUUUUUACCCACGAUAUUAGAUAUUUACAUUGUUUGGGGUAAUAGUUAUGCCCUUUUUCAGAAUUUGUGUAUGACAAUUCACGCAUUUUCCGUGUGUCUAAAGUAUACACAUGUUGCUACAAAUCAGACUGUUUUUAAGGAAUUGUUACAAAUAAUGAAAUACAAUUUCGAUCAUUCUUUAUGUGAAACAGCGUCAGAUGAAGAGAAAGAAAUAAUUCUUAGACAUGCUCGUUUUGGAAGACUAGUGACAAAAUGUUUUCUCAUUUGUGUCUAUUACUUUGAAAUUAUGAUGUUUUGUGUGCCAUUAAUAUUUGGAGCAGAUAGCGAUCCAGCUCGCAAAAAACGUUAUCCAAUUUGUGCCUGGUAUUAUUGGGAUCAAAAUUCAGAUUUCUUUUACGCUAUUGCUUACCUUCUUCAGAUAAUAAUGGCGCUCGGAUUAGGUGUAAGUUACAAUUUGGGAAUGGAUACUUUUGUUUUUGUUGCAAUAUGGCAUUCUUGUGCUCAGUUAGGUAUUUUGCAAGAUCAAUUAAAAAAAGUGGGUUGUGCAAAACAGAAAUCACAAAAAAUAAUAAAAGAACUAAUUGUAAAUCACAACUAUCAAAUCAGGAAUGUUCAAAAAUUAAAUCAACUCUUUAGUACACUCUGUUUUUAUCAAUUGGGUACAAGUUUUGUUGCUAAUUGUCUUAGUGGAUUUCAAAUGAUUGUGACUUUGAAUGAAACUCCAGUGAAUUUCUUUUACCUAUUUUCGUAUUUUGGUUUAGUAGUGGCAAAUUUUCUUCAGAUUCUUUUAUUCUGCUGGCCGGGCCAAGAACUAAUGGAUCAGGCUUUAGAAGUUGGAAUGGCCGCUUAUCAAUCAUUUUGGACUAAUUUACCUGUAAAAUCAUCGAAAAAUAUUUUUCUGUUAAUAUUAAGAACACAACAUCCUAUGAUGAUUUCAGCUGGAGGAUUUUAUGAUAUGACAUUACAAAAUUUUACAGCAAUUGUCAAAGUGAACAUGUCAUUUUUGUCAGUUCUUAGAGCAAUGAUAAGUAAAUAAAAGAAUUAAUGUUGUUUUAAUGAUGAUAUAGUGCAAGAUAUUUAUAUAAUAUAUUAUUAUACUUUAUUUAUUUAUUUAUAUACAU